UGGCCAAUGAAGUGAGCCCUGGUUUGAGCUGCGAGUCCUCACAUUGUCCCAGUGCCUUCUAAGUGACAGUCAGUGCUUCUGCUGAGUUCCCCUGUGCCUUUGGACAACAUAGCUCACAGCAUGAGGCUGCUCCUUCUCCUGGUUCUGGUGUCUCUCACAGGGGCUGCAGGACUUACUAUCUCACUGGUGGAUGAGAAUACAAGUGGGAUUGUGCAAAAUAUUCGCUCAAUGUCAGCGAUCUUUGACCUGCCAUCUUGCAGUCAAGCUCAGCAGACAAUCAUGGUCAAGGUCAUCAACGUCACUACUGGACAAGAGGUACAACAGCCAAACUUCACAGUGCCUUUCUGCCGCUUCAAGCGUGCGUUGAUCAGUCUGGACUCUAACAGCGAAGGAAUUCAACGAACGUUGAACUUGGGCUACCAGGUGACAGGACUGGAAGAAAAUACCAAGUACAAUGUGUCGUAUAUAGUUGCUAACCACGAGAGCAACCGACUGGAGAUCAACACCAUCAAGCCAAUGAAUUACAAGGACAUCGAUACUGGUUUUGGUCGGAGUGGAGCUAUGGUUGUGAUCACCGUGCUUCUGGUAAUCGCCAUGGCUGUGCUCAUCAUCCUUUUCAUUGUUGCUGUUAUAAUUCGGAAGUAAAAUCUUUUGCUGAAGAAUGAAAGUGCAUUUACAGUAACAAAUAUGUGAACAACUUUUCUCUAUAUCUGUUAUGUAUUUUUAACCUGCAUUUUGAUGACAAUUAAGAAUUAAUUCAGAUGAAAAUAUCUGCUUAUUUUGAACAUGUUUUGAUCUGUAGCUAUUUGAAAAUAUUUACCUUUGAACUUGAUUGAAGUUCCUUGUUUCAUGUGCCCCUCCCCCCCCCGUCAAUGAUCCAUUCCUUCAUCAUGAUCCCAAAAACUUUCAACCUUCAAUUGUUUCUGAACUUGAUGAUCACUUGAUUCCAUGGAUCUGUCCUGGGACACCAGGCACCGGAGUGGAUGCAGCAGAUCAGGUGUCAGGAAUUGAUGGUUCGACACCUGUAGUGAACCUAGUUGCUAACCACUGUUCAUUUAGAAAACACAUUAUUUUAUAAUUAAAGUCUGUAUUUAUGAUCCAGUCUCA